UAGCCCCUAUUCAGCAGUAAUGUUGUCAUAAUUAUGUCUAGAAUAGAUUUUUCUUAGAUGUUUUUGUGCAAACAACGGAUUUUAUAGCAUACUGAAUGUGUUUGGGUGGUGAUUGUUUCUAACAAGUUGUUUUUUGCAAUUGAAUGUUUUCUUAACAUUUACUUUUAAGAACAUAAACUGUUUAAAUGCCACUUAAAGACAAAAUUUGUCUAUAAUUUUGACCUUAGGAGAAAUAAGAAUCCAUGUUUGCAUUUGCUGCUUUGUCAGAUUUUGCUCUUCUGUUUUCUAAGAAAUUUUGCACCUUGUUGCAUUUUAAGUGUACUUGUCUAUGUAUUUUAAAUGUUUAAUGGAAUAAUACCACUAUAAUGGUGCAUUCAAAAAGUACCUUUUUUAUACUUUUACCUUUGUAACACCAUGAUUUUUGGACAUGUAUAAUAGUAAUACCAUGGUAUUCUUAUAAAUUCACUGGAAUACCAUGGUAUCUCCAUAGUAUUUUUGUGGUUUUAGGCCUUUUAAUCUGAAGUGCAUUUUUCCAGCUUUCUAUCGCACAGGAAGUGCUUCUAAAGAAAACCGGAAGUAGUUGUUCACGGACCAACUUGUAUUCUAAUGUAAGCUUUCUCAUAGCCAGUUCAUACUUUAUGCGUGUAAUUAGUAAUGUACAGAUACAGUUUCUUUAAUCUCGUUGAUACGACUGGUUGUGUACAUUGGGUGCCCAGGUGGAGCUGUGAUCUGCAUUUGUCUACAGUCUGAGCUCUUGUCCUUCUUGCACUAUAACUCUGAACACUUGUAUGACCUCCAUCUCUCUGGCACCCACAUGAGCGCAGCGUUCUAUUCCCGCUGGGCCGAGCGCCAUGCCUGACCGGGAUAGCACCUACCUGGCAGGUGGCGGUGGGGGUGGCAGUGGGACCGGGGUGGGCACUGGGGUCGGGGACGAGGGAGGGGCCGGGUCGGGUUUGGGCGGAGGGGUAGGAGAGGGUAGAGCGACGGUGGUGGGUGGCUCAGUGGGCUGCGUGGGAGGUAACGGAGGUCCUGGGACCAUGGGAGGCGGCGGGGCGUUAGGAAACGGCAACAGCUGCGGCGGAGCCGGCGGCGGUUUGGGACUGGAUGGCGUUUGCCGGGACUUUUUGCGCAACGUGUGCAAGCGUGGCAAGCGCUGUCGCUUCAGGCAUCCGGACUUCAAUGAAGUUCCCGACUUGGGUGUGCAGAAAAAUGAGUUUAUCUUCUGCCAUGACCAUCAGAACAAAGAGUGCGUGCGCACCAACUGCCGAUUUGUGCACGGCUCGAAGGAAGAUGAGGACUAUUAUAAGAAAACCGGAGAGCUUCCACUUCGGCUCAGGGGGAAGGUGGCUGCCGGAUUGGGAUUGUCUCCGACCGACCUCCCAUUGAGCCGCGGAGAGGUGCCCAUUUGCAGGGACUACCUGAAAGGAGAGUGCCAGCGGGGCAACAAGUGCAAGUUCCGACAUGUCAGGAAGGACUAUGACUACGAGGCCUCACCCAGGGUCGGGGUCGGAUGCAUGAUGGGUGUCACCGGUGGCGUGAGCGGGAUGGUGAACGCCGGUGGCGGCGGUGCGGUUGGUGUUGGUGGUGCUUGCGGUGGGAUGUCCGGCCUCGUUGGUGGUGGUGUAGGUAACUAUAUGGGAAUGGGAUGUCCCAACAUGGGUGGGUGCAGAGACCAGGGCCUGUCGGUUGGAGGUGGAGGUGGGGGCUCGAUGAGCGGCUGUAUGUCAAUGGGGACGGCGGGUCAUCGGCGCUACGACAGGGGCCCCUGCUCCGUCUAUGACCCCCUGUUUGAAAAUGGCAUGUUUGAAGCUGGGCCGGUGGAGGCCCCCAUUGACCACACAACCCUCCAGCUGAAGAGACGCCGUUUGGAAGGGCUGCGGUUGACCGAUGGGACCAGCAGUGGACAUUAUGACCUGGGGGUUCAGACCACCCUGCCAACUCGACCACUAGAGUAUCGCUUACUAGAAGAGGAGAACGCCCUACUGAGGAAAAGAGUGGAGGAGCUUAAGAAACAGGUGUCCAAUCUGCUAGCCACCAACGAGGUGCUUCUGGAGCAGAACGCUCAGUUUCGGAGCCAGGCUAAAGUGAUGACGCUGUCCUCCACCCCCGCUCCGUCUGAGCAGAGUCUGGCACCCCCUGUUGGUUCUGUGAGCUCCUACAACCAUGGCAUUGCCCAGACACACACCACACUGAGCAGUGCUGGUCUGCAGCCCCGUCCCGUCACUCAACAAGAUCUGGUGGCCCCGGCCGGUGCGCCAACCGCCCCUCCGUCUAAUGCCGCGCCCCCUACCGCACCCCCUCCACAUCUGAACCCCGAUCCCAUCUCUGCCGCCCUCGCUCAGACUAUCGCCCAGGGAAUGGCCCCUCCUGUUUCCAUGGCCCCUGUUGCUGUUUCGGUGGCGCCGGUGGCCGUGUCCAUGGCACAACCAUUGCCAGGAAUCACGAUGAGCCACGCGACCACACCGAUGGUGACGUACCCCAUCGCCAGUCAGAGUAUGAGGAUCACCACUAUGCCUCAUUAACAAUAUAUACAUGAAACAAAUAGCAGACUGAAAAUCUAAGCAACUCCGCUGACACCCUUUUGUUUAACUCACCAGUAAACUGUGGGAAGUUUCUCAGGUGAAAGGAUUGUUUUGACUGAAUGAACGUACAGAUUUCUGUAUAGUCAACUGAUGAACUUAUGGAACAUAUUUCAGUUUUUCUUGUCAUGCUUUAGCGGAUGAUUGCCUUUAAGAGAACUGGAAAGACUCCUCUGAGAUCGGCACUGACCUCACAGGACAUUUAUGAACUCAUUUUGAAAGAUGUAACUAUUCAACUAAUCACUACAGAAGGAUUGUGAAUUUACUUGUUAGCUGUCAGUUUUAGUUUGACUCCUUUUUUUAAUAGUUUGUUUAGUGAAUUGCUUUUGUGUGAACUGAUUAUUUGGAUUCUGCACAAAAAUAAUGAAUCAGCCACAUUAAGCUCCAUUAUUAAUUCUUGUCAUGUCCUAGGCAAAAAAAAAGUGUUUUAUUUCUUUCUUUUGGAAACUAAAUAACUGCAUUUUCUGUCAGAAUAUUGGUCUUGUUUCUUUCAUCUUGGGUGAGUAUCUUUGUUGAUGAAAAAUUAUAUUUCUAAUCAAACCAGA